UUGUUUUAGCAUUAGAUGCACCAGGAAGCAAUACGAAAGGAGACAGCUCUUCCAUUCCCUGUAGUUAAGUGUUAGUUAUUGACUCAGCAAGUUUAUAGAUCCUGAAUUCGCUACAGACCCAGGUCUCUCGCUCUCUCUCUCUUUCUGUCUGCAUGACAGCAGUCUAUUACUUCUCAAAGACUCUCUAGUUUCUCUCUGUGCUGUGGUUAUAAACAUACAAGGAAAAACAAUGUUUACUUCUAAAUCAACAUCUGUGUCUCCAUCUCCAUCCAUGGAACAGACUGAUACAGAUGCUCUGGACAUCAGUACAAAGGUCCAGAUUUAUGGAAUCCUCUGGAAAAGGCCAUUUGGGAAACCAUCUGCUAAAUGGUCAAAAAGGUUUUUCAUCAUCAAGGAUAGCUUCUUACUUUACUAUUCUGAAAAUGAAAGAAAAAACUUUGAGAGCAAUCGUUACUUCAACAUUCAUCCUAAGGGUGUCAUACCUUUGGGUGGCUGCAUAGUUGAAGCUAAAGAAGAACUUGGGAUGCCUUUUGCCAUGAAAAUUUCACAUGAGGAUUUCAAUGGUGACAUUCUCCUAGCAGCAGAAUCAAACUCUGAGCAAGCACAGUGGCUGGAAAUGCUCCAGGAGUCUGGGAAGGUCACCUGGAAUAAUGCACAGCUGGGAGAAGCCAUGAUUGAGAGUCUAGAAGCUCAAGGCCUGCAGCUUGCGAAAGAAAAGCAGGAGUAUUUAGACAGACUCAUGGAGGAAACAGAGGAGCUAUGUUUGCAGAGGGAGCAAAAGGAGGAAUUAGAGCGGUUAAAUCAUGUGCUUGAAGAAGAGAAGCGUCGGUUUGAGGAGGUAGUCCAGGAUCUCCAAUCAGAACAAGAACAGAUUAAAAGAGAAUUGGAAAUCAGUGCUCAUUCCCUAAAGGUUGUUGAAGACGAGAAGAAACAGCUUCAUGGGCUAACAGAGUCUCUGCAGUACAAAUUAGAGGAUCUCUCCCAGGAGAAACAGAAGACGUUGGAGAUGCUGCAGAAACACGAAGAGCCAUCUGUCCAUCAGGAUAAAGGAGCAUCCAGCAAUAAAGGUCUCCAUACUAAUCUGCAGCAGAUUGAAGUGAGGAUGCAGCAGCUGCUGGAGGAGAAACUCCUUGCAGAGAAGCGAUUGCAGGAGAAUGAAGCGAAUGCAAGAGCAUUGCAGGAGGAGAGAGAAUAUUAUUCCUCACAGUUUCGGGCACUGCAGACAUCCCUUAUGGAACUGACAAGGCAGAAAGAACAAACAGAUAUGGAGCUUAAGUCUGAGAUGAUGGCCCGUGCAGAACUGGAAAAACGACUGAAGGAGGCAGAGAGAUCACUACAACGUCUGGAACAAAGUCUGAACUCCAGGGAACAGAACCAGGAGAUGGAGCAGCGUAUGAGAAUGGAUGUCAGCAAUCUUAAAAUGUUCUUCGAAGAGUGCAUCAGGAAGGCUGAAAUUGAUGCAAAGCUGCCAGUAAUAAUGAAGAACUCUGUGUAUCUCCACAGGGCAGCAGCACGCAGGAUACAAAGCUGUCGCUUCCAUCGCCGUAGAUCCAGUCUCUCCUUGUACCGCUUAAGGCACUCUCAUUCCUUUGCUGCAAUACCUGAUGAAGAAGACAUUAAUGAACUUAAGGAAACGGCUAGAAAACUCAGCAAAGAUCGUCACUUCAGAGAAGGAAUCUAUCAGAUUUUAACUCGAAAAGACUCCGUGUGGGAGGAUGAAAAAUGAACCUUAAUUCCCAUCACAGUAGUUAUUGCAGCAGUAAGCAGGACAUCCAUGAAUUUAAGGACAUGUCAGAACUAUCAGGAUGCUCUAGUAAGAACUUGUCACAGCUGAAGUUUAAUAUUCCACAAGUGAAGCCUAAAAGAGCAUUAUUGAUUUUAUAUGAAUAAUCUUAUGAAACUAUAUCUAGUAGUACGAGAAUUAAAAUAUUAAAAUGCAGACAAAGGAUGGAUACAAUUUGGACUCCCAUAUUCUAAACAUGGAAGUUAACGCCACAACACUCACCUCGUCAUCCAAAUCCAGAGGCAUUUUACUUUACAAAUGGUUCAUCAAGAUAUCUUUUGUAUUUUUAUUAGUACUUAUGUCAUCAACUAGUGUUCUUGGAUACUGAAGGGCUGUAGCAAAAUGUUACAUAAAAUGUUUACAGAGGAAUGUUAAUGACCACAGUACCCUAUAAUUCUGUAUACUGUUGUCUCAGCUAAUCAACUAAUUCCAGAUUUUAACAGAACAAGUAAAAGACUUUAGUAGCAUACUAGCCUUCUCAGUAAUACUUAAUAGAAGUACUUGUAAAAAAAGUGUACUCGAAUGAUUUGAUCCUGCCUCAUUUAAAACUGUUUUUGCAAAUCAUACUGCAACUCUCAAAGUAAAAGGCAGAAUUUUUUCCAUCAUUUUAGGCAGUGCUAAAUCCAAUUUGGCUAAAGUACCCCAUGAGCUUUUGGGCUAAAGAGUUUUAUUCUUCAUAAGUCCGUUUUACUCAAUAGAUAAUACAGAUGGGAUUUGUUCUAGCAUCUCCACUGUGCUUGCAGACUGAGGUCCCAGUUGAUUCCAUUCUGAUUUCCAUCUGUUUUUUUUUUUUUUUUAUAUUUCUGAAUGAUCUACUCUUAUUCAAUUCAAAUUUAUGCAAGUGACAUAGCCAGCUAUAUCUGUAGUCUUAUGACCAUAGUUGCAUGACGUUUGUCAAAAAAAUUGUAAAAUGUCUCGUUCUUAUUCACCACCACGAGAAAUAAUAUUUUAAAAAUAUAAGAAUGACCAGCCAGAAAUGGUGUGCUGUCACCCAUUUUCAGUCUGUACCCUGGAUGGCUUCAUACUUGAAGUGGUACUGUCCGUCCCAAAUGCAGAAUGCAACUGAACAGUAAGCAUGAUUUCUCUGGCAACAAUCAUUCUCUCUCAUUGGCAGACUGCAUUCCAACAUGCUGUCCUAUGUCACAUCAGGCUGCUGCCCUCUCCAUAUAUACUGAAAACAUGUCAUUAAGUAGGUUACUGAUUUGACCUCUGUAUUCUUUAUGCAUGCUCUUCAGUAAUCCUAUUUAUUCUUUGCUUAUAAAAAUGGAUAACCCCUCCAGAGUACGGGAGUUUAAGGUUUGAUUAGCAGGUCUAUUGUAUGAAACAUUGCUUCACAAUCCCAAACUGCCAUAAUUUAUAACCACCUGCUUCUCCUACUACAUCUAUUUUAUUUAGCUAAAUGUGGUGCCCUACUGUAGGGUGAUUCCAAGAUAUUUAGCCUGGAAUGUGUACCCCACCAUCACAAAUGCAUAAAUUCCCUAACAUCAGGUUUUAUAGCUAAUUCCUCUUCAUUCCCUCCUCCCAAUUAAACUUUAUAUCCUGUACUCAUGGGAUUUUAACUUUAUGCCCUACAUCUAUGAUCUUGCAUUCCAUCUGUCAUCCCUACACCCUAUGUAUCAGAUUCUUUGCAGUGUUUCAAUACAGAUACUGAAACUGAAAGAAUAUUAUCUGUAGUCCACUGUGAUGAUGGAACUUUAUUACUGCUUCCUGGGUGGAAUUGAUAUAACAUCUCUGUAGCAACUUAAGCUAGUGUGUAGUCAGCACAGAAUUCUCGUUUUCACUUGUGAGUUUAGCAAUUAGUGCAUAUAUGACAUAGCAUUUCUGCUUCCACUGUUGGCUAGUGUCCCACAAGCUCCUUUUCAUCAGGUGUCUGUGUGGAGUACGCUCUUGCAGCAACUACCCAUCCUUCCUCAAAUAGAAAGUGAGGAAAGUUAGCAUCCUGGAAGUCUAUCCAGGACCUGCUAAUCAAACUCUAAUCCCCAGCAUCAUAAUUAGCAAUGGAAACCUUAUAGCAGUGAACUGAUCCUCCAACUUCUGUUCUCAAAGUGUCCUUCACACCUACAUGCGCUUCCCCUUUUAGUCACCCUUAGACUUCUGAGUAUGCAGGCAAAAUGACUGCUUAGCUACAGAUCUCAUAGUGCCCAUAACUAUACUGACAAUAUAACAAAACAAAAAGUCACAAACAUUAAUAUGCAAAAAAAAAAAUGAUAUUAUUGGCAGUGUGCUGUUCUACCUAAUACAGAUGGCAAAGCUAUAGAGUGGGAACACCAGCACUGAGUGUUCUUCUAAGAUGGCAUGUAUUCUAUAAAGGAUUAUACCCAACUGAACCUGGAAAAGCAUAACUUCCUCUUAGUUUCCCCCUGUCCACCAAAGAGCAAUCUCACCAGAAUGCAGUCAGUAUUUAAUGGAGUCUGCUUACAAUCCUGAAAUCUUUGCUUAAACUGACUACAGCCAGAUCCAAAACUCUCACAUGUGCUGGACCUAGAUUACCACAUUCUUUCUACUAAUCAUCCUCUUUGAAUUUAACCAGCUCUUCCCUCAUGUACAAGUACAGAGCAGAAAGCCAUACCUUGGAUCUCCAAGGAAUUAGAGACUGUCCUGAAAGACUGUGUUUUAUCCAAUUUAGCCAAAAAAUGUAGUUAACUACAAAAGGUAGAAAGAAUACAGAAUCUAUAUGCAUGUAUGCAGAAGUAACAUUGCUUCAAUCAAAAUGAGUACUUCCAAGCUUCUUCCCACACUCCGCUCAAAACCUGCUAAAGUAUUAUUAGCUAGUUAUUGAGACAACUAUGGCCCUGCUACCCACUUACUUAAAUGGGUAGAGGGUUGAUACUCUUCUGGAAUUAUUGUCAUGGUGGACAUUUUCAUUCAGAAGUUUGCUGUUCUGUCCAGACACCCAAUCCCCCACCUUGCUCUGUCCACUGCUCCAGCUAUCCUAAUCAUUUUAUCUUUCUCUCUUUUCUUACCCCACACUGCUCAAUGCAUCUCUGACCUCAAAUCCCAACCACUUCAUGACCAUCACUUUUCUGCCAGUUCCUAAAAGAUAACCAUUUGCUCUUUGGUGAAGAGACUCUCCUUUCAUCAGAAAGCUUACCAACAUUUCAGGCUCAAAUGUGCUCUACCCAAAAGUACAAUUGGAGAUCUCAGUCUUUGCCUCUGGUGUCUGCUGUCCCUUUAAUUGUUCCUUUGCCCAUGGAUCUCUUUCCUGGGAAGUCACUGAAGUGAAUUUCCAACCCAGAAGGUCAGCUUCUCUUGUAGCUUGUUCAGUUAUUACCCUAUCUCUGGGCGGUCUCACCUCUUCAAAACAAAUGGAACACAUCAACCAGACUGUCAGGUUCCUCAAGUUAUUUAACUGUUAGUCUUCCAAACAAAGUAUCUUCAGAUCUAGUUAUAACAAUUUCAUCUAUUUUACUAAAAUACUUGCUACCAAUAUCUGAUAAUUUAUCGGUGGUGCCUGAUUUGUAGAACCUAUUUUCAUGGAGUUAACUAUGGCACUUGAUUUGUUGACUUAAUCGGUCCUUCUUAAGACAGACUGGGUAACCAGACCAUCAUCUCACAACUCUCUAUUAUUUCUCAGAUUGGGGUCAAUAAUACUUGGCUUUUGGCCUCUCCUCAUUUUCCAUUAAUACCUUUCCUAAUUGCUUUACUGAGACAAUCGUGGCCCUGCCACCGAUAUAGUGCAAAAAUGACAGUCUAACUUUUUUCAAAUUUAGUUUAUCAGUCUACCAGCAUGAUCUCAUUUUCUUGGAUGAGAAAAAUGCUUCAGUCCCACCUGCUUCUCAGUCUAUUAGGUACAUGUUUCCCUCCAAUAUUUUUUAUCUUACAAGUCCAAUGACUAUUUCUACCCUGAAUGAAAACCAAGUUGAUGAUGUUUCUACAUUUAAAUAACUAGUGUUCAUCCAUGGCCCGAACCUCACCUUAAGCCUCAGACCUGUGACAUUUUAAUUCACCUUUACUGUAAGAUAUGUGUACUGUUCAGCUCAUACCAUAUCUGUCCCAUAACUCCAAAUUGAAAAAGGACUCCACUUUUCCAUCAACUUUAUUAUUUAUUUACUUAUCACCAUUGCCACAGAUUUCACUUUCUACCACUUAGAUUUUUUUUUUAGAAAAUAAUUGCCACUUCAAUGCUUGCAUCACAACCCAUUACUAUUAGUUUUCUAUACUUAACUUGUGUGGCUGGUGAUCCUUUUGGCAGGCUGUAGUAAUAUACUGUAUUCCUGGCUCACUGAAUCCUUUACUCCACCUUCCCUCCUGUUCUCUAUAACUCUGUAGCUUGAGAUACCUAAUUUUCUGGGAUCCUCAAGUCACCACUCUAUAAAGUCUAUCUCCUGAGAUGCAUAUUUUCUUCUUAAUUUGGCACCAGACUUUAUAAUGUUCAACAGACUUGAAAUAGGGAUCACUUUAAGAAUGCAGGUUAUUGGCCCCUUCUAACUGCCUCAAGUCUGCGUACUAAACUUCAGCCAUUAAUAUUACAACUGUAUUUUUUGGUAUAGUGUUUGAUCUUCUUUGGCCUAGGCUUAUGCUGUAUUCCUACACAGAGGUGUUUUUAUUGUCUCAGGCUCUUUCCAGCUGUGGCUUUCUGAUACUGUUUUGUAAUUUGGCUGUGCCAAGACUACUCUAGAUACCCCUGAAAAAUGCCACUGUUUGCCACAACAGACAACUGUUGGUUUCAAAGGUUAAUUAAAUAAAUCUCCAUAUACACUCCUGUCCCCUGACCCUCAUACUGUCAGUACCACGUUCUGCACCUGCCACGAAAGGCUUGGCCAAGCCCAUCCCCCUCUGUCAUCUGCUCCAAGCCUCCAUCCCCCUCUGUCAUCUGCUCCAAGCCUCCACUCAUCUCUUACCCUCAUACCUCCCCUGUCCAGCUUCAUGCCUGGGCUUUGCUCCUCUGCAACGUACCCAUCCUUACAUAAUCACCUCUCUUCUGAAGCCCAUUUUUGGCUCCCAUCUCUCUCCUACCCCUUUGUACACAACAUAGUGCUCUGAUGCCUCCUUCAAGCAUCAGCAACAACUUCUUCUCAAGCUCUCUUAGUCUGCUAAUUUCCUUCCUAAUACCAAAGUCUUAGCUGAUGUUAUUUCACCUUUGUGAGGUUUUACUUAUUUUGUAUUACUUACAACCAUAUAUGUCUUAUCUUUGUUUUUCCGGUUCCAUACCUGCUGUAAUGUACUAAGAAGAAAGCUUUGUAACAGUGUAAUUUUUUGAAAUAAAUAAAUAUAUACAUAGAUA